AUGGCCCAGAAGGCGCGCGUGGGCGCGCGGGCGCGGAAGCCCAAGAAGCCGCACUACAUCCCGCGGCCCUGGGGCAAGCCCUACAACUACAAGUGCUUCCAGUGCCCCUUCACCUGCCUGGAGAAGUCGCACCUGUACAACCACAUGAAGUACAGCCAGUGCAAGGACUCUCUCUCGCUGCUGCUCGACGCCCCCGACUGGGCCUGCCGCCACCCGGGCCAGAGCCGGGGCCCGAGGAGCGCCGCGCUCCGCGACGCCCUCCUGGCCCAGCCCUGGACGCCAGCGCCGGGCGGGGACCCGAGGGGGGACGCGGCCCCCGCUACCCGCCGCCCGGUCCCGCCGCCCGGUCCCGCCGCCGCGCCCGAGGCCCAGGGCCUCCGGCUGUCCCUGCUCGGCGCCAGCUACCUACCCUCCAGGCGCGCGGCUCCUCUCCUGCCUGGGGCCCUCGCUGGCGGCCCAUGUGCCCCUUCUGGCCCCCGCGGCUGCCGCCUGCCCUGCCCUGCCCCGCAGCCGCCCCGCCUGUACUACCCGCUGCUCCUGGAGCGCGCGCUGGGGCUGCCCGCCAAGGCGCCCCGGCCCUGCCGAGCCCCCAUCCCAGGGGCCCCCUGGGGCUCUGGUCCCCGGGCUGGGGGUGCCCUGGCUGCAUGGCGCCCCCAGGCACUCCGGGCAGGAGAGGGCGCUGGAGUGGGCUCCCCAGGGCGACCCCCAGAGGAAGCUGCCCCCGGGAAGCUGGUCACAGCCCCCGAAGCCCCCCGCCAGCGCGACGAGGCCCGGUCUCCACAGCAGGUGGGUGGCGGAGGCUCCCCGUCGCGGGGUGGGGGGCCCCUCAGCUGGGUGACUCAGCCCCUGGGCGACCCAGCCACUGGCCCGCCGACCGGUCUCCCCGCGAGGCUCUGGCCAGACGACGACGAGGAGCCAGGUGACCCUGAGGCCUCCGCGCCGACCCCACCGCGGGGCCUGGCGCCGGGCGGCCGCGGGCAGGUGGGCGAGGACCUGACGCGCGCCCUGGGGGACUACGCCCGGCUGGAGCAGCGCCUGGGGCAGCUGGGGCCCGCCCAGGGCCCGGCCCCGCUUCCCCUGCAGGAGCAGCUGGGCAAGAUCCGCCGCGAGCUGCGCUCCAUCCACCAGGCGCUGGAACUGGCCGCAUGGCCGCCGGACACGCCCCUCGACCUCUCCGUGAGGCGCGGGGCCCCAAAGGGGCCAGAGGGGCCCCCUGAGCCGCCCGGCCUGCUGCACCCCGAGGCGCCGGAGCCCCUUCGCGGAUGCACCACCAAGUGUGAGGCCGACUCCAGCGUCCCGCCCCCGGGCCUCCAGCUCCCGGCCCCCGAGGGGCCUGUCCUGCCUGGUGGCUAG